AUGGCGGUGGAAGUGAAAUGUCCAUACAAACUGUACGAUGAGGUCGUUUUGUUCAACGGGAAAUGGAUGCAGGCUAGGCAGAUCCGUUUCCGAACUGCCGACGGCACUGAAGGGGUCGGUUUCGUCGAUAAUACCAAAAAUUUCAUGAUCAAUUUUUUUAAACGCCAUCGUUGAAGACAAAUUCAAAAAAAUUCUCUUUGAAAAAUUUUUGUGAGAAAAAUUCUGUAUAGGAAUAGAGUUUUAGGUCUGGCAAUCAGCUCAUCGGAACACCAGACCUGCCGGAGCUUCAGCUGACGGAGUUAGUAUAAUCGGCGUGUUGAGAAGGGCCGACAAAAAGUUCAUUGUUCUCGUCAAGCAGUACCGCAUCCCAUUGGGGAAGUUUUGUCUGGAGUUUCCUGCUGGUAAGUCUUCACAAAAAACCCCAUGGUCGCAUUUGGAAUGCGGAAUUCUUGAAGCCGAUCUAAAAAGACUUACUAGCGAGGACUUCAAAAUCGAGCGAUUCCAGUUGCGACCACGUUUUUUUCAAUGUAUACACAGAUAAAAAGGAUAAGAUGAAUAGGAAGGGGUUGAGUUGAAAAGACUUCUAAAAAAUGUUUCUGAAGGUUUUGAUUCCGUAGAAAGUGUUUCAUACCUAAAAACUUUCUUCUUAAACUUUCUGGUUUUUGAAGCUUUAUCCAGUUGUUCUCGUCUUUUUCUUUCAUAUAUUAUAGAUCGUGCAAAAAAAAAAUGGAGUAGGCCGCACGGGGUGAGAUCCAGCCAACGUAUGGGACAGCCUUUUUGAAUUUUUUAAACUCACAUUCAAAUCAUCAACUUGCAAAAAAACCAAUCUUUUUCGGUUUGAUCGACGCUGGCGAGACAGCAGAGCAAGCAGCUCUCCGAGAACUCAAAGAAGAGACCGGGUACACGGCUUCUCGGGUCAUCAGCACGUCAGUUUCUCGUCUUUUGUCCAAAAAAAUGCGGCCUUCUCAGCUCGGAAAGCUGCGGCCUCGACCCCGGGCUCACUGACGACUCCGUGAACCUAGUCAUGGUCGAGAUCGAUGGCGAUGCUCCGGAAAACGUGAACCCCAGCCAAAAAUUGGACAGCACAGAGGUGAUAGUAACUGUCUUGGACAUUUUUUGAGCCUUAAGAGCCUUCAAAGAACUUUGAGAAUUUCAAAAAUAUAAUCUAUAGAUUAUCGAUUUUGUACCUUCCCAGCUCUGUUUUAUAACCCCUUCAGAAGACCAAAAAAUGUUCUUUUGUGUUUUUGGCUCUUUUGUCAGAUCAAAUGGACUUUUUUUCUUCAGCCGUUCAAAAAAAAAUUCUUAUCCGCCUUCAUCCUUUCACGAGAAUUUUCAAAACUUCUGUUUUUCGACUGUAAUAUCGAUUUUCAGUCGAUCGACGUCAUUCUCCUGGAGCAUGAUCAAUUAUUGAACUACGUUAGGUAUCCAGAAUUCUUCAUAGACCCAAUAUAAACUGGAAGAUUCCAGAAACGCUGGGAAAGACGUUGUCGUGGAGGCCUGCUUGUACGCCUACGCCAUGGGCACGCAAUUCGCACAAAUGGCCUGA